AUGGCCGCAACGUCAAGCGUUACUGCAAUAGGAGGUCCUGACAUGGCUUACAUUGGGGAGCUUUACGAAAACAUAUCUCGACACCCACCGGGCAUAGGUGCCAGGAAGCUACUUGUCGAACACUACAUGUCAGUCGGUAACGAAUGGUUGGAAGGUGCAUUAGACGAGGCAAAGAAGCUGCAGGGUUUAGCCCCAACAGAUCCAGACGUCGCCGAGUUCCUAAAGGUUCUCGAGAAGAAGCCAGAGCCUCCAGGGCCUAAGAAAGCAGCUGAAGUAACGUCCACGUCUUUGACACAAUCACAGCGACAGAAUAUCAACAACGCUCGAUACAAGGCCAGACCGAUAUCGAAACACGAAUCCAACCGCCCAGGCUUGACCUUAGGAAAGCCAGUCGGCGACUUGGACGAUUCGCAACGAGACCUGGUCACUGGAUACCGAAAUAUACGUGCAAAAGCAAUGCACGUAUUCUCUAACAUGCUACGUCUACAGGCACUCCAGAAGAAGGCCGGUUUACCCCAAUCGAAAAAUCUCGCUAAAGUGCAUGCUAUGGCAGAUGGAGAUAAUGGUACCACCUGCGUUGGGAUGCGGCCGCCUGGAAGUGCUCGUUCUGUGGCGCGCAACGUCCGGGACAACUCAGAGGAGGCCACGAACCUGGUCAUACUAGACCUAGAAGACAUGAUCAGAUGGAUACGCGCGCCGUAUGGCACACCUUCAGGUGCUAGUAUUGACUCCAUCCGUGAUGCUCUUGUCACACGUCGAAGAGCAAUUGAGUCUGUGCUUCCUGACGAGCUAAAGAUCUAUUGCGAGCUUGGCUUCAUGCACGUUGAGCAUGAGCACCUCGAAAGAAACUACGUCAAUGACGAGACUAUGUACGGAGAUGAGGUCAAAGACAUCCCAAGAGAGGACUUCUACGUGACUGAAGACAACUAUGCGUGGUCGAUGGAUGAACUUGUCCAGGCUAUACAGGCAAAUAGCGGUGUACUUCGCAAUCCUCUAAGCAGAGAGAUGUUCACCCCAAAGGAUGUUAAGGGAAUCCUACUGCAUCCGUCAGGACAAUCUCUAGCCGCUCUACAUGUCGAGCAGCAUGCAAUGUCUAAAGGUGUGCGGAGUGAGACGAUCGAGCAGAUGGAAAAGCUCUCCACGAUAUUGCUAGCAGAUCAAACUAGCGAUACGUUCCCCAGCCGCAAAGCAGUAGACGAAUUUCUGCUUUAUGUUGCAACUCUACCGGAACUUGAGCAGAAAGCGAUAGAAGGCCUUAGAUGUCCCGCAAAAGACUCCCAUACCGGACAAUCUUAUGACUGGUCCAUUGGCGAGGCAGUGAAGGAUGCAAAGGGCAACCUUGUAUGUUUUCACAAAACGGGCGACUUCAUCAAGCAAGCCGCUGCACACUUGCGGAAGAACCGUAGCGUUGCCCCCAGACACCGACGAAGGUAA